GCAGGGUCAGUGUCAGCAGCAGUGUUUUGACCGAGAGGGUCAACGCAGAGACUUCAUCCGCAAAUGGGCCAUUGUAACAACUAGCACCUCUUCUACUUGAAGCCAUCCGCACCUUAGAACCGCAUCCGGUGCCAACACCUGCAUCCCAAUCUUUAAGGUUUCCAUUUUCCAUCUUUGAGCGGUUUGCCACCUAAGGUCGGAGAAAAUGGCAGCAAUUCCAUCAAGUGGCUCCCUCAUCGCCACCCAUGAUUACUAUAGGAGGCGCCUCGGGUCCAGCUCCAGCAGCAGCUCCUGUGGCAGCGCUGAGUACAGCGGAGAGGUCAUUCCACACCACCCAGGACUCCCACGGCAGGAUUCUGGCCAUUGGUGGACUUCAUUUUUCUUUGCAAAAUCAAACCAGCCCGGCAUGCAGAACGGAUCUGAAUCUCAAAAGAACAGCAUCUACACAGUGGCCAACGGUCAGGUGACCUGCAUCGCCAGGGAGAUGGUUUUGAACAGACAACUCAGUGAAAACAGCGAAAGUGGAAAGUCUGAAUCAUCGAUCCCUCCACCUACUUCCGCCUAAACUCCAUCCCUGCCGCAUGCUCCCCUCCUCCCCUCGCACCUCCCUCGCCCUCAGCUCGCCAUCCAUCGCAUAGUCCAUCACUGGAGAUGAAGAUGAUGACGAUGUUUGUAACCUUUAGUCAGUGCUCUUUCCUUUAUGCCUAUGUAUAGUAUGUUUUUAUUAUGACCAAAAGUGUGAGAAAAAAAAAACUCAAGUAUGUAAAAACUUUUUCAUUUUAUUCUUCUUGUGACUUUACACUGUUAUAAUGAUGAGAAAUAUAUAAAUAAAAUGCUUCCAGUCAGCGUUUA